CGACAGAAUUUCCGUGGGUAAACACAACACUGAAGAAUACUAACAUUUGAAUAUUAACUUAUACUCGGAGUCAUUCUGCCUCGCUACCUAGCAUGGAGAGUCGUUUUCUUGCCUCACCACCGGACUUGAGCUUUUUUAAUGUGCUGCUUUUCAACGGUUUUACAGUGUCUUCAAGCUGCUAAGCUCCGUUAUCGACAUAUGGGUAAAGUUCAUCUGCGUUCCUAACGACAUGCAGGUAAAGGAGGUGGAGAGGUAUUGCUGUGUAGUCAAGCUGUUGGAGCCUUUUUCAGCAAAGAAACCUGCGAGCUGCAGCGGAGUUAUAGUCCAUCCCCAAACUGGAACAGUAAUAUGCACCGCCGCCCCGUUUUCCCGUUUUAUUGCCGACACAGAGCCUCUUUCCGCAGACCGCAGGCUCCUGUUACCCCGCAGUUUCAGUGGAAAACUUCAAAUCCGUGUCAGCUUGCCUACUGAGCCAGAUCUGGACAACGGCCAGUUUGCACAGGGAGAAGCGUUAUCACCCUCCAGGAGCAAAACAACAUGUAACCGGGAAGUUUCAGCCGAGUUGCUGAUGCUGGUGAACUGCCUGGAGUUCAAUCAGGCUUUCCAGGCACUCUUCCAAGAGGGUGACCAGUGGCGUUUCCAUAGUGACGAGGAGGAGGAUGAGGAGCUGAUCAGAGAUUCUUGGUUCCUCAGCUGGUUUGCUGUACUCAAGACAAGUGUGGUGGUAAACAGCAGCCCAGAUUCAGGGACUAUACCCUGGCAGAGCAGCUCAUCUCUCCAGAAAGGCCACCCGGUUGUUGCAUGUGGCUCACCUUUCGGCUCCCUCUGUGUGGAUCUCUUCAUCAGCACCCUCAGCAGAGGUAUCAUCAGUAACCUCGCUGGAGAGGACAACGCCGUCAUCCUCACAGAUGCCCGGUGCUUGCCGGGCACCGAGGGCGGAGGGUUGUUUGUGGUGAAAGGCGCAGGUGAUGUGCGUCUCAUUGGACUGAUCGUGUCUCCAUUUGGUUGGAAGGCGAACGAGUGGAUAGGCCUCACGCUUGUCUGCUCCGUCCAGUCCAUCUUCAGAAACAUCAUCCGCUGCAUGAGCAUUCAGGAUCCACUCCGAGAUGUUUGGCUGCAUCCGGGAGAGGCAGGCCUCCACAUAUCCGCCACAGCCCAUGAGUCAAGAGCUAUUAAAUACCCCACUGUGUGCCUUGUGGAUAGCGGGCAGUUCUGGGGCUCAGGAGUCGUUGUCACCUCUCAGCUGGUGGUGACCUGCCGGCACGUUGUCAAUGGGAAGUCGACGGUCACCCUGAAGUUCCAUCACAGGGACAGAGUCCAUGAUGUUGUGGGUGACGUGCUGUUUUCCACUAAAGCAUCUUCACCCUUUGAUUUGGCUUUGGUGCAGCUGAGAGACUCCACCACAGAGGCUGUGGUCCCUCGAAUGGCUCAGAGUUUCAAUCCAGGUGAUUCUGUAGUUGUGGUGGGAUAUGGUGGGCUGGGUCGGAGCUGUGGUCCGUCCCUGACCUGUGGUGUCCUCUCCAAAGCCAUUAGCUUGAAUGACCGGCCUGUCAUGCUUCAGACCACUUGUGCAGUGCAAGCAGGGGCCAGCGGGGGUGCUGUGGUGCGGAGAUGCUCAGGAGAGCUGCUGGGUAUUGUGUCCAGCAACACGAGGGACCUGGCUGCCAAAGUGACCUAUCCGCACCUCAACUUUAGCAUCCCGGUGACUAUUUUCCAGGGGUUGUUGCAGCACUUUUACCAGACAACAGAUGCUAAUGUUUUCAGGGUGUUGGACACCACAGAAGAAGAAGUCAAAAGGGUGUGGAGGCUACAGUGUGAUCAGAGCAAACUAUAACAGAGGACCCUUGUGCCUUGAGAUAUGCUAGAAAGAGGUUGGACAGUUAAAUCAGUAUGGUUUAUAUGCAAAAUCACAUUAGAUAGUCAAAUAUAUAUAUCAUGUUUAUAAAAACUGGUGUUUAUAUAACUUUAUGUGUUUCAUAACUUAAUUUGUUCCAAACGCAGGUACAAAGUCACCGAUAUGAAGUAAAUGCAACUAAAAGAGGAAUCAUUUAUUCUUUGUGAUACCCAGAAACAUGCAGUAAAGAAUGUGAAAGAUUAAAAAGACAAAGUAAUGUUAACAGCCAAGUUAAAGUUACUUUAAUACUGUGGAGAUUGUUUUAUUGUACUGUAAUUAAAAUAAUGAAAUAGUU